AUGUUUUGGCAAGGAUGGAGAACCAACACUACGAUAAUGACCAGUGGGCUUAUGAUCUUGUUGCAAAUAUUGACCAUCAACUUCCAAACUGUCAGGAGAGUCCGCAUGUAUGUUGCCAAGUAUUUUUUUUGUUUGUAUUUCCUUCUGUAUGACCAAUUAAUUUUCAUAUAUGUUGGAAAUUUGUCCCAGUUGGGUGGUCAUAAUGGGGUUGGCAAUGAGGGAGGGACUGACACCUCCAAUGCACCGGUUGUUGAUUUGGAAGAACAAACACCAAGGCAGUCUCGUAGGAAACCACCAACGGUCCUGAAGAAUGUCUCCAGAAGGGGAGGUGGUUUCACCAAAGAAGAAGAUGCAAUUAUCUGCUCUGCUUUCCUGAAUGUCAGUAAAGAUGCCAUUGUAGGAGUUAACCAGAGUAGUGGUGGAUACUACAAACGAAUGCAUGAAUUUUUCAAGGCCCACAAGCCACUUGGGUCCAACCGUAGCCAACUUGCAAUUAAAGGGCGAUGGGGGGUAAUCCAAAACGCUCUUAACAGGUUCUCUGGAUUUAAGUCAAUAAUUGAUCGAAGGAAUGAGAGCGGUAAGAAUGAGCAGGACAGGAUUGAUGAAGCUGUGAAGAUGUUCGAGGUGAAAGAGCCAUUCAGCUUCAUGCAUUGUUGGCGGAUUCUACGUGAGGAACCCAAGUGGAAUGAUCGGUUACUGGAAUUGAACAACACACCACCGGUACAUGUCGCCGAUAAUGGAAGCCCUAUGCAAGGCGAUACUUGCAAUGAAACAGAAGCUCCAGUCAGGCCAGGAGGGAGAGAUAAGGCAAAGAAGAAGAGAUCCAAUGCUCUGUUCGACACCUCAGAUUCAAGCACUGCGGUGGAGAUGUUGCAAGAGAUGACCACCAGCCGACAUGCUCGCUUGCAGAAACAAGAUGUGCAGAUGGCUGAAAUUCUUAGCAGGAAGGAUGAGAAAAUCAAGAUUCAGAAGGAGAUGCUUGAAAAUCAGAAGAGGGGAAUAGAACUGCGACAGAAGCAACAUGAAGAAAAUCUCUUGGCCACGCAGAAGAAUCAAGAAAUUAGGCUCAUGGAAUCAGAGGCUCAGCUAAUAAAUGUAGAGGCAGGGAUUAUGUCCACGGACCUAGAUAAGCUGGCACCUCAUAUUCGUGCCUACUACACUGGCAUGCAAAAGCGUAUAAUGGAACGUCGUGGAUUUGGGGGUUCAUCAAAAAAUUGA